AACACUUGCUUAUUGACCAACAUCCGCCAUCUUAGUUAUAGAGUAAAGCAUUUUUUAAAAAAUGUAGACCAAACAUCCAAAGCUUUUCAGAGUGACAUCGUAACAAACUAUAAAAUCUAGGAAAAAUGACUGAACCAGAUAGCGAUGCGAUCAAGAUGUUUGUUGGGCAAAUCCCACGUACUAUGGAAGAAAGCGAUUUACGCCAAGUAUUGGAUGAAUUCGGACCCAUUUAUCAAUUGAGUAUCCUGAGGGAUAAGCAAACUGGUUCGAGUAAGGGAUGUUGUUUCGUAACUUAUUACAAUAGGUUAUCUGCUUUAUCCGCUCAAAAUGCUUUGCAUAAUGUGAGAACAUUACCUGGAAUGGCGCAUCCUAUACAAAUGAAGCCGGCUGAUUCUGAGAAAAGAAAUAUUGAGGAGAGGAAGCUCUUUGUAGGUAUGCUAUCAAAGCAACUUAAUGAGACAGAUGUUCGUGACAUCUUCCAAUCGUUCGGCCAAAUCGAAGAAUGUACAAUAUUAAGAGAGCAAAGCGGUUGUAGCAAAGGAUGCGCAUUUGUUACUUAUUCAAGCAGAUCCUCUGCAGCAGCUGCUAUAAGAGCAAUGCAUCAUAGUCAGACUAUGGAGGGUUGUAGAUCACCGAUUGUUGUCAAGUUAGCCGACACUCAAAAGGACAAGGAUGCCAAAAGAACUGUUCAACAACCGAAUCCCACUGCCCCUCAAGCAAGUAUUCCGGGUUUAAACUUGAACAAUGUACCCCCACAAUAUAUACAAAUGCUUCAACAAGUACUUCAAACGACUGGUCAGCAGCAACCCCAACAACAAUCACAGCAAGUUAAUUAUUUGCAACAAGUUAUUUCCGCGGCGUCAGCACUAGCUGCUAAUCCUAACUUGAUUUCAAAUUUGGCGCAAUUAGGACUACUAGGACAAGUUGAAGCCCAUCAACAGAACAACUUAAACUCUUUGAUAGCUCAAAUGGUUGGAUCAGGCUCCGAAGCUUUCACUCAAGCCUACUCAGGAGUUCAACAAUACAACCAGCAGCAAUCGCCUCCUAAUUGCAGUCCUCAAACACCCGUGGCUGCCAAUGGUUCAAAUCGACAGACUGAAGGACCGAAUGGAGCCAAUCUGUUCAUUUAUCACCUACCACCCGAGUUCACAGACAACGAUCUUUUACAGACUUUCUCGCCCUUUGGUAAUUUAAUAUCCGCUAAAGUAUUCAUCGACAAGGCAACAAACUUAAGCAAGUGUUUUGGUUUUGUGAGUUAUGACAAUCCUGUAUCAGCACAUGCCGCGAUUCAGUCGAUGAAUGGUUUUCAAAUAGGCACGAAACGCCUAAAGGUUCAGCUGAAGAGACCGAAGAAUGAUGCUAAGCCGUAUUAA